UAACGGGCCUGUGUCUUUGCUUCCCACCGUUGACAAUAAAAGAAAAACGAGAACGAAAGAACAAGCAGGUUGUUCAUAUAAUACCCCGGAAAAUAGGAAUAGAUCAAGUUCUAGAAGCAGUAGAAUUCCAGAUUUCCUCCGCUUUUAAAUCUCGCAUUCGUACAGGAGUUAUAACAAACUUAACACACAAAGAACCGAAAGUUUUCUUAGAGGACUGCUUCGAAUUUAUUUCAUCUCGAAUGAAAAAUAUACUGAAAACAAUGAUAAAUGUGAAGAUAAAUUUAGAACUGUGCUGUAUUUUUAUCCAGCCGACUAAAGAAGAGACCUUUCCAAAAUAUUUCGCCACUCCAAAUGUAACAGUUUCUAGAUUUGAUAAUAUUCCUCAAAAUUUAACUCUACUAUUAGAAAAGAUCUUGAAAAAAAUUGAAGAUUAUCAGGAAAGCGGAAGUGGAUUGGCCUUGUACAGUAUCGAACAUUUACUCGUUUGCAUCAGUAAAUAUUCCCCGAUAGGAGGAGGCGGCGGUGGUGGUGGUUCCCGAAACUCAUUCCUCGAGUUGCCGGACCAAGUGCCGUGGAAAAAAAACGUAUUAAACAUUCGGAACGAUGAUCGAAGGUGCUUUGUUUGGUGCCUAAUGGCUCAUCUGUUCCCGGCUACGAACAAACCUGAAUUAGUGAGUUCUUAUCCUCAAGAGUUGCAUUCAUUUUUUAAUUUACAAGGAAUAGAUAUGCCUGUGAAAAUUGCAAACAUUCCGAAAUUUGAACGUCAAAAUCCUCAAUUUUCCAUAAACGUAUUUUGCCUCGAUAGCAAAAACAAUAAAAUUGGUGGUCCUAUCUAUCACACUAAAUGUGUUAAAGAACAUCACGUCAAUUUACUAUACUUGCAAAAGAAAAUCAAAGCGCAUUAUUGUUUAAUUCUAAAUUUAUCAACCUUGGUUAAUAAGCAAAAAAAUAAAAGUCAUCAUCGUAUAGAAGUGUGCGAUCGAUGUUUAAAUUACUUUUAUAGUAUAGAAAAGUAUGAGCUUCAUCAGCAGGAUUGUAAACUUUUUGACUCUGUUCGUGUUAUUGUUCCAGAUAAAUCGAAAGCAGUAUUAAAAUUUAAAAAUUAUCGAGCAAUGUUGCGUAAACCGUUUGUAAUAUAUUGCGACUUUGAAUGCUUUACUAUGCCGAUAUCGCAUACUAAGCCAAAUCCGCUUUCAUCGUACGCUUAUAAUUAUCAACAACAUGUAGCAUACAGCGUUGGCUAUUAUACCGUAUGCUCCUUUAAUGCUGUCUAUAACAAAUUCGAUCUUUUCCGCGGAGCAAAUCCUGCUGGUUGGUUUGUAUCGCAAUUGAAAGCAGAGAGUCAAAGAAUUUAUAACAUUCUGUCUUCGGAAAGUUCUCAUUCUCUCAUUCCCCUCAACGAAGAGGAAUUAGAACAACAUAAAUUAACAAACGAAUGUCCUAAUUGUUCUCUUUCAUUUUCGAAUACGAAUCCAAAGGUAAAGCAUCAUUGCCACUAUACCGGAAAAUAUAUCGCAAGUAUUUGUAAUAAUUGUAAUUUGCAGAUAAAAAAAAAUUUUGAAGUAAAAGUGGUUUUCCAUAAUUUAAAUUAUGACUUGCACUGUUUUUUUCAAGAACUGGCUGCACAGGCGAACGUUAAACUUAUUCCUUCCACUGCCGAAAAAUAUAUAUCGUUAUCAGUUUAUUUUGGAUUAGUUCGUUUGGUGUUUAUCGACUCUUUUCGUUUCUUACCCGAUAGUUUAGACAAUUUAGUAAAAAUAUUAUCCAACGAUAAACUAACACAUAGAGGUCUUGAAUUUGUCUUUGUGUACAUAGACGAUGUGAUCGUCAUGUCAGAAAACCAUGAGCAGCACCAAGAUCAGCUAGAGCAAGUUUUCCAUCGACUUCGAGAGAACAAAUUAGUCAUAAACGUCAGCAAAUGUGUUUUUGGUCAAGAACAAGUGCAAUAUCUAGGCUAUACAAUCAACCAAGAUGGUUAUCAGCCACCUACAGAACGAAUUAAAGCAAACACUAACUAUAAGCAGCCUGAAACCAUUCAAGAGCUACGAAGAUUUCUGGGUAUUGGGAGCUCUUUGGAUCUGAAGGUUCUCCAUCGGUCUGGACAUUUGUCUGCGAGCUCACUGGUACUGAAGGCCCUGCAUCAGUCUGUUCAUUUGUCUGAGAGCCCUCAGGCGCUGAAGGCCUUGCUUCGGUUUGGUUAUUUGUCUGAGAGCUCUGAGGCGCUGAAGGCCUUGCUUCGGCUUGGUCUCUUGUAUGAGAACUCUCCGGCGUUGAAGGCCCUGCUUCAUUUGGGUCACUUGUCUGAGAACUUUUCGACGGUGCAGGCCCUGGUUCGUUUGGAUCAUUUGUCUCAAAGCUUACAGAGAAAUACCAUUCGUCAAGGAAUGACUUACGCUGAAGCCACUAGCAAAGAAGUGAACCCUAGUUGUGUAUCCGACAAAGGGGGCCAAUACAUACAAACAAUAGACUCGACACAAAGCAUGUUUCAUAACCUCAAUUAUAGGGACAAACUGCUUGAAACUAUGGAGAAGUACACUCAAUAUGACAUUCCUGAAGUCGCCCAACUCUGUAUUAAAAUUACGGCCACAGUCUUGAACUUAUCACUUUCAAAUACUGCUGUAAGUCAAAAGUGCAUGGCUUUUGUCAGACAAAUAAUCCAAGCAAUAGCCUUACAUGGAUAA